CAGUGAGUAGGAGAGAGUAGGAGUUUUAGGCUAGCGAGAGCUAAAUUUAUCCAAAUUGCGAUUAAAAAUAAAAAAAACUUAUAGGAGGUAUAGUAUAGGAGUAAAGGACAUGGAUUUGAGUGAGAAAAGGAAUGAGAGUCCGGCUGGACAGGUAGGAAAUGUAGUGAAAAGCUGCAUUGAAGAGAGGACCAACAAGGAUUGGAUCAGGAAUUCAGGAGAAACAAAAACAGAAUAUUCCAAAAAAAGCUGCAUUAAUGCACAGACAAGUCAAGAUAGGAGAAGAAGUGGUGAGAAACAGACAGAACACAAAGAGAAGACCAUUAAAAGGAGAAGAAAUGAAGACAGACAUAUUCAAAAAGAAAGCCAGGCAGAGAAGACCAGUAAAGAUGUGAGUAUUGAAAGGAGAAAAUUGGAAGAAGGACAGAUAGUAAAGGAAAACCAGGCAGAGAAGACCAGCGAAGAUGAGAGGAUUAAAAGUAGAGGAUUCGAAGAAGGACAGAUAGAAAAGGAAAGCCAAGCUGAGAAGAAGAGCAGUAAGGAUGCAAGGAUUAAAAGGAGAAGAGUUGAAGAAACACCGUUACAAAUGGAAAACCUUGCAUACAAGAAGACCAGUGAGCAUGAAAGCUAUAAAAUUAUACUGCUUGAGAAACAGAAGAAAAAAAUCACAGAAGAAAACACUAAAGGAACAAAUAUAGAGCAAAAGGAAGAGAGGAAUAAAAGAUCAAGAGCAGAAGACCCCUUAGAAAGUGGAAGCAUACAGAAGAGACCCUGUCUGGACAUUGAAAGACCUGCUCCCCUGGAUAUUAACAGCUACAACUUCCACACUAUACUUGGACGAGGAGGCUUUGGCUGGGUGAUGUUGGCUUCUUUUAGGCCAAAUAAACAACUCGUGGCAAUGAAGAUCUUGAAGAAGAAGUCUGAGAAGAACGACUGCCAUGCCAUCGCUAAAGAGGCCCGUCUACUGAAAAUCAGCAGAGAAUGUGCAUUUUUAUGCCAUUCUUAUGCAGUUUUUCAGUCAGAGCUGGAAUCCUUCUUUGUAAUGGAAUAUGCCAGUGGGAAUUCUUUAUGGGAAAUGAUUCUGCGUGAACGAAAGCUACCAACAUCAAGAAUCAUGUUCUACACAGCAGAGAUGGUGGUUGCCCUCCAGUUCCUGCAUUCCAAGGGAAUCAUUCAUCGUGAUCUCAAGCCGGAAAACAUACUGAUUGAUAAAGAUGGCCAUAUAAAGAUCUGCGACUUCGGCAUUGCAGAAGAGAACAUCAUUGGCCAGAGGACGGCCCACGGCUUAGCAGGAACCCCUGGAUACCGGGCACCAGAGAUUCUAUUAAAUGAGGACUACAAUGCAGCUGUGGAUUGGUGGUCUUUUGGGGUUACAAUGUACAAAAUGGCCACAGGAGUCAUGCCGUUUUCAGCAUCAGGCAGCAUUCAAAAACAGCUUUAUACAAUUAUUAUGAAACCACCAUAUUACCCAUGUGAUAUGAACGAGGAAAUGCUGGACCUCCUGCCUAAGCUUUUGGAGAUUGAUGAGACUGAACGGAUUGGACUGAAUGGUAACAUCAGGGAGCAUGCUUUCUACAGCAACAUCAACUGGGAAGAUCUGGAGAACCGAAGACUGGAGACCCCUUUUCAGCCAGGAAUGCCACCUCUAGACGACGUCGAGGAAUAUCCAAUGACUUUCUCCCCUCAAUGUUCCAAUGAAAGAAACAAUCUGAAAGAUUUCUCCGAAGUGGAUCCCAACUGGAAUUGGCAGGAGUAAGGCAUUACCCCUGUUCUAACAUGGGACACCAUCUUUAGUUGCUGCCUGUAACAACCUGAGGCCCUUAACAUUGUAACAUCUAUGGCAAGCUCCACCCCUAAACAACCAAUCCACCUGUAUUGCCAAACCUAAACCAUCUCCUGUAAAUAUCACCUGGUUUUACCAUCAACACCAGCACCAGACGGGAUCUUUGACUGUAGCUUCUAAAGGAUGGAAAAUAGAAAGGUACAGGGGUGAGUUUACAUCUUGAAUGAAGAUUAAUAAAUAUAACCAGUUAAACCCCACUCCCAAACUUCUGCCUCCCUCCUAUUCCCUUACCCAUCAUUAACUCUUAUCCUAAGUGGCUCAUGCCAAUGGCAUUAUUAUAAAGGAAGUAGACCCCAUGGUCGCGGGGGGCCUGGGUCUACUUCCUUUAUAUUGUCUCUCUCUCCUACUCCCUUAUCCCUGAUUUCCCUCAUCCUGAUCAGUAACCACACCAAACCUCUGUCAUUCUCAUAUUCCCUUACCUGUGAUUAACCCCUUUCCUAAAUGGGCCACACCAUUAGCAUAACUAUAAAGGAAGCAGACUCCCUGGCCGCGGGGGGCCCAGGUCUACUUCCUCUAUGUUUUUCCUCCAACUCCCUUUCCUCUGAUUUCCCUCAAUCCUAACCAUUACACAACACCUCAAACAUCUGCCUUCCUCCUAUUCCUUUACCUGUGAUUAACCCCUAAGCAGUGGUGUAACUAUAAAGGAAGCAGACACCCUGGCCGCGGGGGGCCCAGGUCUACUUUCUCUAUACUGUCUCCCUUCUGCUCCCUUAUCCCCAAUUUCCCUCCUUUGUAAUCACUACUAAACUCCUGCCUCUUUCCUAUUCCCUUACCUGUGAUGACAUAACUAUAAAGAAAGCAGACCCUGUGGCUGCGGGGGGCCCAGGUCUACUUCCUCUAUACGGUCUCCCUUCUACUCCCUUUCCAGCCCCAUUCUCUAUUCUCUCCCAGCACCUUUCCUAGCCUGUUCCCAUUUUAUGUGCAUGUGUGAGUAUUUAUGCUGUGUGAGUAUGUAUGCUGUAUGUGAGUGCUGUGUGAGUGUGUGUGAUAUGAGUGCUGUGUGUAUGAGUGCUGU